GGCCGUAAUCAUCGCGGUCCGAACACAGCGAACACUCCGAACGCAUCGAACGUUCAGCCGUUUCUAGCAUUCAUGUCCAAAAUUAGUAAAUAAAGAUGAACGAGAUGGCAGCGUUCGAGCCGUGCGCCGUGUCGUCGUCCUCGUCUUCUUCGUCUACUUCGUCUUCCUCGUCUUCCUUGUCUUUCUCCUCCUCUUCCCCCUUCUCCUUCUCCUCCUCGACGACCUCGACGUCUCGCGAUUCUCGCGAAGAGUGCUCAGCAAAAUGAAGUGGAAACGUGCCGUGUGUCUCGUGAUUGUCCAGGAAAGCUCGAGGGACCUCACCGUGUGACCGGCAAGUGACAAAGGCUCUCGCUUCAGAGGCAGAGGAAUCAGGAUUCAGAGGGUCAGAGGGUGUGCGUGAGACAUUACCAUUUACGAUUAUACUGCGGUCUCAGUCUCGGUCCCGCUUGUGGCUCGCGUUCGCUGGUGGCUGGUGGCUGGUGGACGGUGGACGGUAGAGACUUGCUCGAGGAUCGCGAGGACGGACGAGCGAGCGGACAGUCAGUCGGAUGAAGCCUGGAAGAGCGAGAGAGCGAGAAAGAGAGAGAGAGAGAAAAAAGGAAUAAUCCGCGCUCCAGAGUUCACGCUGUAAGUUAUUUCAAAAACAACCAAUGCACUCGGCCGACAUCUCAAGUGAUCUAUUGAUAUGUACAACUGCUCAAAAUCAAAAUGACUAAAAAGUACAGAGAAUACUACAGAGAAUUGGAGAAAAAAGAAGAAAAAACAUACGUGGAGAGAAUGCCGGCGAAAGCACGUAAAAAGAGGCAGAUUUUCUGAACGUGGUGUCACCAUGUUCUUUUUAAAAGAAGAUAUCUAACAGGGGUAAAGUAAAAAAGGUAACGUUAUUUAAAAGCAUCACCGUAUUGACCAUAUUGAAAGUAAUAGCAAUCUCUCGGUAUAUUUUAAUUAUACGUACGCAGACGCACUCUUGACAGCAUUUCCUGCAUUACUAGUUGAAAGAAAAUGUUACAAAUAUGAUUGUUGUCUCUCUCAGAUCUCGCUAUUGUGGACAAUAUAGACUGAUGUGAGCGGUUCAGACGGUUGUCGUCGCGCGGUUUCCUAAUGAUAAAAGAGGAGCUCAGCGCGCUCGCCCACGGGCCACGGAGAACGACGCGCGUGUACGUAAUCGCAAGCUCGAGCCUACUGUUCCGUAAAUGAUAAACGCGGACAAGAUGGUUGUCGGAGAAGCAAGUAUACAUAAUAUAAUGGGGGGGAUGGAGAGCACGGGUGGCGUGCGCCUUCAUAAUCACAAGCGGAAGCUGAAGCAAAGGUUCGACAUUAUAAAGAAAUUAGGACAGGGCACCUAUGGUAAGGUGCAAUUGGGAAUAAACAAGGAGACUGGUCAAGAGGUGGCAAUAAAGACAAUUAAAAAAUGCAAAAUAGAAACGGAAGCUGAUCUGAUCAGAAUACGGAGGGAGAUACAGAUCAUGUCGAGUGUUCAACAUCCGAAUAUUAUUCACAUUUACGAAGUGUUCGAAAACAGAGAGAAGAUGGUGCUGGUAAUGGAGUAUGCGGCCGGGGGAGAACUAUACGAUUAUCUAAGCGAGCGAAAAGUUCUGGGCGAGCACGAGGCCCGCAGAAUAUUCCGGCAGAUAGCCACCGCUGUUUUCUAUUGCCAUAAACACAAAAUCUGUCACAGAGACCUGAAGCUCGAGAACAUUUUGUUGGACCAAGUCGGAAACGCCAAGAUAGCCGAUUUUGGUCUCUCGAACGUGUUCGACGAGCAGCGAUUAUUAAGCACGUUUUGCGGCAGUCCGUUAUACGCGAGUCCGGAGAUAGUGAAAGGAACUCCUUAUCACGGGCCGGAAGUGGAUUGCUGGAGUCUAGGUGUUCUACUGUACACAUUGGUCUACGGUGCUAUGCCCUUCGAUGGGUCCAACUUUAAACGACUAGUCAAACAGAUCUCACAAUCCGAUUAUUUCGAGCCCAAAAAGCCAUCCCCCGCUUCGCCGCUUAUAAAGGAGAUGCUCACGGUAUGUCCCGGCAGACGUGCCGAUAUCGAGAGAAUCUGUACUCACUGGUGGGUGAACGAAGGUUACGAGCAGAAUUGUCUCGAUAUCGCCGAGGAUUUGGCAGCUCAGACGCCAGUUCGACUAGAUCUGUUGCUCUCUCUGGUGCCACAGUCGGCCAGCGCUGAGAAAUUGCUAGUGGGAGGCGAUCAGCAGGCAGGCGGGGAUGUCGCAAAUAAUGUGUCUUCCGAAACUUUGGUGCCUACUAGAUGUCAUUCGGUCGGUAGCUUAAUGGAACUCGAUCAGAAUAGCUCCGACAGAAGGAUAAGAGAGUUGUUCGAGGAGGAACAACCGAGGUCUUCCGCAGCUGGAGACGCUAAGAGAAAACUAGAGACAACACCGUCGAUGGACGAGACGGCCGCGGCGGGCGUGAAGAGGAAAGAGAGGUCCAGAAGGAAAGAAAAGUUAGACGAAAGAGAGCCUAGGGCGUACAGAUCUUCGUCAAGGCAUCAUUCGGCUCCAAUUCCAAAUUCUAUUUCGGAAGAGGCGAUGGAGGUGGAACCGGCAGCCAUUGUAACUGUUCCUAUGAGUAAGACUGUUGACUUUGAUAAAAUAGAAGAUACGGCAGCUUGUCUAGAGCUGAUCGAAGAAUCGAAGGAGAGAUCGUCAAGUAAAGAGAGAAGUAAGACUCCGUUGAUAAACGAAUAUCAACAGUCACGUGAGCCAUUGUCUACCGAGAGCGUUCAGCAGAUCUGUGAGAUCGAUCGAAAGGCUAGCGAUGAGCGAGACAAGUCGCAACAAAAGUGUACCAAGUCUCCUAACAAUAGUUUAUACGGAGACGUGAUCGAGAGGAUUGUUUUAGAAAACACGAAUAAAGUAGCGAACGAGAAAGCGUUUAACAAUAAUAAGUCAGGCAAUAUGGAAUCAAAAGUGCCAAAUAAAAGCGACACAAACGUCAGAAACGAGACGUACGUGUCGCAAGAUAACGUGCAGCAAUUAGAACCAACGGAGAACGAUUUUAAAAAGCUGAAAGAAAAAGCACUCUCCUUGGAUUCCGAGCUGUCGAAUGAGGUGACAAACGACGCUCCACCUGCUAAACCCGUCGAGAGACGGCGCUCUAAAAUAUUUGAGACAGCUGAAAAGUUCAAUCAACUGUCGUCUACCGCGGAAAACGAGAAACCUAAAAAGAUCUUUAUUCCUGGCGUUAACGUAGGAGGCGCGAAACGAGCCUUUGAACGAAAGGCUAGUCUUUCGUCUAUAACCACACCACCACCUGCGAAAGUCAGCGCGUCCAAAGUUAUCAUCGAUGUACCAACCAACAAGAAAAACGAGAAGGACGAGCAGAAGCUAGCACUGGGAGAUUGUGGAGAUCGAGAGAUGAUUACCGAGGACAAAUUGGAUAAGCGAGAUGAAGCGAAGAAACGCGCUGUCGAUAUUAUUAGUGGUGCCAUCGGUAAGCCUCCAAUGCAGAAGAAAUUGAACGGCUCGCCGCCUCAGAUAUCGCCUCAGAGCCUGGACUCCAAGAAACUCGGAUUGAAGAUACAGGUUGCGCCGAAUGACGUGCGAUCGGCCACGGUGUCGGUCUCUACGCCGGUCGAGACGAAAUUCGGCCUUGAUGUUAAACCAGCGACACCAGAAACAACUAUCACAAGUACGUCUGACACAACUGGCGUCGAAAAUUCGCAGUUGGAGGAACCUAAGAUAUCUAGUAAAAUGGAAAUAAUGUUAAAGAGUGCAACGUUACCGAGACGAAAAACAAGCAAAGCUGAAAUUACAUUGUCCGGAGUCAGGCCGCCAGAAACUGUAGCAUUCAAGUCUGAGGUAGAAGCUAAGAUUGAUGCUUUUCAGCCGCAGAAAUUGCGCACGCAAAGAUCGGAGGUGGCGUUCCCAGUUGCCGCAGCGGUGCCUCAUGCAAACAGAAGUUCAAGCUUAGAACCAGAAGGCAGACCUAAGGCUGCACCGCCGAAAGAAAGAAUUAUACCUAUCCAGGUAGAGGCAGGACUUGAGCGUACACAGCAUUCGUCCACACCACCGCCUAAACCGCCAAUGUCCCAGAGAUCGAUGUCUCAACGAUCAGAUUCUCUGUCUCGCCAAUCGACCGCCGAUUCAGACACGGACAGCGCUCUCGGUUCAACCAUAGGACCGGAGCCAAUCAGGAAGAGUCCUAGAGAGUACAUAAUUCCUAUCGCGGUAGAGGGAGGCGGUUACGUUACUCCCAGAUCGGGGAGUCUGGAGCCGGAGAAUAAGACUGGCACACCGACAAGUACGAAUCCAUCGAGAUCCCGAUUCGGUAGACCAAGAAGAAUGAGCUCUCUUUUAUCGGACGCUAGCGAAGACGAGUCUCCCUUCUCUCCGUUGCAUGGGGAGGAUUUGUUGCAAAGACAUAUGCAUCGGUUGAGGAGUUCGCGACCAUCCAGGCAACCAUCCGAGCACGCCGACAGCUUGUCGUCUGGCGAGGACGAUGAUGAUGACGGUUUCGAGUUAUUGACUGCUGAAAACUUGUUUUCCACAUUGCUGUCCAGAGUGCGAAGUCUGACGCAGCGACUCAACGUUGAUGAUAAUCGAUCUGCUGGUUUCCCAAGCAGUAGACUGUUUGGUAGACUCGGCUCCCAAUCAUCGCAAGCGUUUUGGGGUCUUAACAAACCGUUGUCCAGCUACGAGAGCUAUGUCGAAACACGGACCAUGACUACGCGGCUGUCGGAAUCGCAAUUUAAACAUUCUCUGAAUCGCGAUGCGGAUAUAUUUUCGAAGAGAGACUCCGCCAGUACUUCUAAUCCCGGAACUCCAAAUAGUCCUGGAUCGCGUAGCACACCUUCCAGAGAGAGUGUCUUUGAAAUCGGGAACAACACCUUACCCAGAGAUAAUGUAGAAGAAACACGCAAAGCGGAAGACAUGGAAACGGAAACAGCGGCGAAAAUGAGGAAAGAGGCGCAAGAAUCUCUGGAGCAGAAUUUCACUCCCAGCUUGGCACGUAGAUUGAGUAGGCAAUUUAUUGAGCAAACCCGACAAUCCGUUCCGCGUUCACCAUCAUCUGCGCGCGACAACAACAGGAACAGUUAUCAGUCGCCAACGAGACAUAUGGCGCAAAGUCUGGUAGGGCCGAGCGAGGUUGCAAAACGUUACUCCACAUCCACGACCACGACUUCCGAUCGGACCGAAUACAGAGGCAGAUCGCUCGAUCGAGGUAUUAGGAGGGCCAACAGCUUGCUAGAGCCAUGCAAAUACGAUAAAUCGGAACGGCACUCCCCACGAAGAAGCAUCAGCCUGUUCGACGAUGACGACAACUGCGAUGACAAGCUAUUGCCGCCUCUACCGAAACAUAUAAUGACGCUCGGUCGCAGAUUCAAGGAAUCGGUUAGAUCGAACGUCAUUGGUAACGUGAGGCGAGAUAGCUUUCACGGUUACAGAACGGACAAGAUCCAGGAAGAGCCCGGCGACGAUACGCACCUGUCUGCCUGCGGACUCAAAGAGGACAUGGACAACAUUACGGAGGACGGUUCCAUAUUGGAGGAUACAUCGAUAUCUGGGUGCAACUCGAACGCUACAUCGAUGAACAACACCACCAUCACCACCACCAUUACCUCAAGCCAGUCGGCCAGAUCCUGCGAAAUCUCACCCACGGAAUCCUCGUCGAAUCUGGGUGACUACGGCAAGUCGGUCUGCAGGUCCGAUCUCUCAAAGAGUUUCGAGAACCGAUUGCUCGCGGCGGAGAAUCUAAUCAAAGAGUCGAAAUUGAAGAAUUUGACGUCGCAACAAUUUAAUCCGAAUCUCAACUGCAAUUACAAGGAUACGGACAAGUGCGACAAGGAGACUCUGAUGACCACUUCGGAUCCAUUGUCAUUGGGAUGCACCAAGAGACGCAGUUGCAUUCCGAGUCUCAGAUUACGUUCGGGCUCGUUGACUAGAGAAUCGAGCGUGAGCGUGGACCGCGGAAAGUCGCUCGCCGGCUCAUCUGACUCGUCAGUCGGAGGCGUUAAUCAGGAAAGAUCAAUUCUGAGCAAACUCUUCAAAGGCAACGGCAACGGUAAGGAGGCCGAACCCAAGGACCCAAGCAAUAGAAGCCAAAAACCGAAACAUCGUAUCUCACGCUUCUUGCGACCGGACUUUUUCGAUACGCCGCGAGAGGAAAGUCAGUACGUGAAGGAGAAGGAAGCGCAGAGAGCGGCGGAGAACGAGCGUCGGAAGUCGCGGUUCAUGAGGCGAAAAAAUGAGAGCAAGGAGCGCAAGGAGGACGACUCGAAGGACGAAAAGAUCUGUAAGGAACUAAAGAAUGAGAUAAACGCGCUGCAAAAGGAUAAGUUGGACGGUGUCGUCCCGGCCGCCGCUUUUUUCUCCUCCUCUCCCUCCUCCUCCUCGCCGUCUUCCUCUUCCUCCUUCAAGGACAAGUCCAACAAGGAAGAGAAAAAGAGAGCGAAGACCGAACAAGGCUCGAAGAGCAGUUUUCUGCAUUCGUUGGAGAAGAAGCUGGAGAGGUUGCGCUCUAACGAUGAGACGACCAGCACGGCUGCGAAGCCGACGAUGAACGGCAGCUCGAUCUCAGGCGAUCUCACAAAGGAACACGAAUUGCGUGAGUGCUCCGCGCCGCCCGUGUCCGCCGAGUGUCCGUCCGCGGAACUGAGCUUGUCCGAGGUGAAGAGAACGUUGAGCGUGGAGGAUCUCUCGCGUCGUGGAGGAUCAAACAAGGACGCGAAGAAUGUGACGCCAUCCAAGGGACGAGUGACGUCGGUAUUGGGACUGUUCAAGACGAACGCGGAUACCACCAAACGGAACGCGAACGGCGGCAGCCGGACGCAGAAUGCGAUUAUGAGCAAAUUGAAGAGGAGCCCGCCCAAGGCCGUCAAGUCGGUCGAGUCGUCUUUCAUGGAGGAAGACGUAACCGCGACGAGUAAAAUACCGACGAAAUUCCCUAGAACCGACAAUAAGUCGACGAAAAAGCUCCCGGAGAACAAGAGAUCGCCACCUAAGGAGAAGGUAGGGACCGAGUUGAAAAGAUCGCCGCCCAAGGAGAAAGCUAAGGAAAAAGAGUCGAUCGUUAAGGAAAGGAAAACUUUGAUGGAAAAGCAAUCGAGGGAAAUUAAAAGAACGCCGGAAAAAAUGGCGCCAUCCUCGGACUCCUCGGCGUCGUCAUCCGUGGAUAAAAUAAAGCUAGACAAAACAGUGGACUCACCGAAAAGAAAGUCGUUGGACCAGUCGGAAUCUCUGUGGAAAAUCGUGGAAGAUAAGCACGCAGAUUCCAUCGUCAGUAGCGAAGAUAAGAAACUGAUAAAAACCAAAAGGAACAUUAGCUCUCUAGUAGGCAUGAGGAACGAGUCCGUCGCGACAAGGAUCGACAAAAGCGAAGAUGUCGAUAAAGUCGAUAAGAAGAUUAAGAAUUUGGUCAAACCGAAGGAAGAUGCGGUCUGUGCUAAAGAUGAGAUCGAUGGUUCUAAGAAGAGAAUAGUACGCGUUGUGAGGAAAGUCGUCAAGAAAUCGUCCGACAGCUCUGAGAACAAGUCCGACAAAAAAGGCAAAUCAUCGAAGCUGCCAAAUGCGAAGAAACCCGUGAUGAUGAAGAAGGAGAAGAGUCCCGAAGGUCCAAAUGUCACGGCACGAGGAAAGGAAGGUUUGAUUUCGAUCGAAGGAAACGAUCCCAAUGAUCAGACUCCCGCGACCGCGGCCGCGACACGGGCCAAGUCGGACUUGCCGGAAAAGCCCAUGAAUGCCAAACAUGCUACGGAAAAUACAAAUGCGACGCGGAGUGGCAUUGAGGAAACCCAUACUGGAUCGGAUAACGUCGAUGUAAACGAUGUUAAAUCGCUUGCCGCAGCCCCGCGGGCGAAUUCUCAGAACUGUCCAAGUUUGAGCGCUUUGCCGCGGGACUUGUCAGUUCCCGCGGUUCCAACGAGUCCCGCAGCUCGGAUCGACUCGAGCUUCGAUAUCUGUCAGUCGAGGCAACAGCCAUUGGAACAAUCUCGGCCGAGUAGGGCGAAUCUGAAACUCGAUCUGUCCAAGAUACCGCAACACGCAUUUAGACACGCGACUCCCAAGAGAGAGCCGGACUCGCCUAGGUCCGUGUCACCCAGGGCGAAUCCCGCCAUCCCAUCUGUCGGAUCGCCUAAAACGGACGAUCCGUUAGAGAGGUGUGGUUCGGACAAACUGAUGGAGUGCUUGUCCAAGAUGACGCACCACGCCAACAUUACCGGCAACAAGAUAAUCAUCGAUAAGCCGUUGCGAGCGAGGGACGUUGCCGAUCUGAAGCGAGAGGUCACCGAAUGCGCCAGGAUCAUAGAAAAUCACGUGGAAUCGCGUGGAAACGAUCCAGCUCGCUCCAGCCAGCGAGCCGUCGCCGAUCAGGCAUUCGUUUCGGGCGAACCGAAAGAGAUUGUACAGGACGAAGAAUCGAGAGAGAUCAAGCUGAAUUCUUCUCAAGGGUUCAACGACGUUAACCACGGAGUGACUAAAGAGGCUAAAGAGCCACCGGAUGAUUGCACCAGCGAGAUAUUCUCACCCGAGGAGCCCGAAAGUUUCGAUUCCUGGUCAAUCUGCUCGGCUGACCUGAAUCACAAUCGCAGCGAUUUGCACUCGCCGACAUCGCCGUCGUACUCUCUAUUCAUGCGUGGCGACAGCUCGGAAUCGGUAAUAGAUCGAAUACGAAGGCGCAGUUUCUACUCGAGAUUCAAUGACCGAAAGAGGCCAUCCUUGACGGCGCCGCCACCGGGAGUGAGCAGCGUGACUCUGCCUAGAAGAUUCAGCUUCAACAGUUUUAGAGAGAGGGACCGCGACCGAGACCGAUCGUAUAAUUAUGGAGUUCCCAGGAUGAGGGCGAAGGACAAAAGUUACAUUUUGUACGGCGACGACGAGGUGUCCUCGAGGAAAUCACCGGUCGACCGAGAGAGAUGCAGCGACGCAUUGAACAUGUCGUUGCACGGUCAUCAGACGGAAGCGAGAAAGUUGUUCGAUCCUUACGGUAGUACGGGCUUGCCGUCUUCCUCACACGAAUCUCUCAGGAGAUACGUGAGAUCCCCGACGCUGGACCUCGUCGCGUCUCGCGCCAAGUAUCACAGCACGGACGUCAUUGCGGACAACGAUCUCACUCGAGUACCCUCGUACAAGAGUACCCUGUCGAGAUCGUUCCUGAACGACGGUGUCGCGGACUCUUCCUAUUGCGGUAGAAGCACGUCGACUUUGCCGAAGAAGUAUGGCUCCACCGUCAGUGGCCUAGAACCGAAGAGCGUAGAGUAUUACGAGGAGAUUCUAUCACCGAGCAAUCCCGAUUAUCUAUCACCACGCGACACCUGCCGUUCGCCGUUGCUGGAUAUCUAUCUGAGCAGAUGCGAAAACGGAUGUAAUCACAACGGCAAUUUGGAUUUGCAACAGUUUAGCGCCGAUAAAUCAAGAGCCUGCACGACGGCGGAGAUCGCCGUAGAAAGGGAUAGUGAACUGCUUGGUGAGCAGAAAAGAAACAUAAUGCAACGCUUCAGCGAAACGAGGGAUACGUCCUCGACAGCUGCGAAUAUCCUAACAAAUAUAUCUAUUGCCGAACGAAAUUGAUUUAAUUCAGGCAAAAAGUAAUUUUAUAAAAAGAUAAUAUGACAUUUGCCGAACACAUUUUACUACAACGAUUUUAUAAUACAGAUUUGUACGAAGAUGUCUCGCGCUUUUUCAUCAGGACGAUGAAAUAGUAUCGCAAUGGCAAUAAAAAUGGAACGAUAAAUAUCAUUAAAUUACUGAAUAUACAAAUCGUCAUAUUAAAUGCUUGAAGUUUGAAAAUUACUGUUUUAGAUGCGCGGUCUAAAAUUCUCUUUUGCGGAUUCUCUAAUAAUCGAAUUCUAUCUGAACCCGCAAUGAAUUUCGUUUAACACGGAAAUGAGAGAAAUUUGAAUUUAUUUUCCUUUCUUUUUCAACAUCUACAUAAAAAAUUGACAAAAAAAGGGUGAUGGAAAAUAUUUCAAUUAUUUUUCACCGCCCGAAAAUGUUCAAGCUUUUCUAACAUCGGAAAAUGUAAUUGCAUUGACAUCUUCUCUAUGACUAAACGCAGAUUAAAUGAGUAUUUUGUCUCCGAUAUUUGUAGAAAUAUAAAUGUAAAAGUUUGCCGCUAUUCUUCUAUUAUAUCGCAGCGACAACAAGAUGCGAAAAAUCUUGUCAUUUAAUUCAUCAAUUUAAUUUGCGUUCCAAAGCAAUUUAUCAACUUGAUAAAACUGCGUGUAAUAGAUUUUUUUUAUUGGAAAAGUAUAUCAGAUGAAUCUUUAUCAGUCUAUCUUUUGUCGUAAUUAUUGUACAUAUAUUUGUAGGAUGAAGAUAAAAAUAGCUUUUAAAUACAUAAAUACUUUAAGAGUAACCUGUCAAAUACAUUAUUGACAGCAUAUUGACAUUGACCGCAGCAAGAAAAUUGUCUCGCCGCGGCGCCGGCGUCAUAGCGUCACGGUGUCACGUCAAUUAACAACCAUUUAACGAAUCGCUGAUGAUCGAAGCAGCGUGACGCUUUAGGGCACGAUAGGUCAAAGACUGGUAAAAGAAAAAGCGCGAAAAGAACUCGCACGUUUUAGUUCCUUACGCAAGUAUCGUUUUAUACAGUCAGAUUUUUGUGAUUCUCCUUUCUGUAUUUUUUUUCCCCCUAUUCUCUCUCCCAGUUCGCUUCCGUCGCGCUGCUCUUCCCGUUAUCUCACGUCCAUCACUUGAUUAAUAACAGGAGAGCGGAACGAGAAGACAAAUUGGAAGAGAAUGGGAAGACAUAAAGGAAAAAAUAUCAAGGUUUGACUGUGUACUUAUGAAAGCAAUAUUGCUGAUUGGAUCGAUCAGAGAUCGCGGAGAGAGAGAGAGAAAGAGAGAGAGAAGAAACAACGAUGUUACAGGCCUGAAAGCUUCUGACUGAUCAGCCCUACGGUCUUCCGCUUGUUACGUAUGUGUUUUCUAUUGAUAUACAUAUUUUAAAAUAAAAUAUCGAUACUCUUCAAGUA